AUGACGGACCGCGAGAUUCUCCCUGACAAUAUCAAGCCUGUCCACUACAACCUCUCCCUCCGAGACCUCGACUUCAAGAAUUGGACAUAUCAAGGCACCGUAACCAUCGACGCGGAAAUCGUCCGGCCCACCAAGGAACUCGUCAUCAACACGCUCGACAUCAAGAUCAGACAUGCCAAGGUUGUUGUUGCGGACCGCCCCGAGGCUCCCUCCCAGGCUGUCGAGUCCACAAACGUCAGCUACGACCCGCGCGCCCAGCGCGCCACCAUUGUCUUUGGCCAGGAGCUCGCCGCCCCGGCAAGGGCCUCGGUCGUCGUCGGCUUUGAGGGCGUCCUGAACAACGACAUGGCCGGGUUCUACCGCUCCAAGUACAAGCCCGCCGCGCCCGCGUCGCCCUCGGUCCCCCGCGACGACGAGUGGCACUACAUGCUCAGCACGCAGUUCGAGUCCUGCGACGCCCGCCGCGCGUUCCCCUGCUUCGACGAGCCCAACCUCAAGGCCACGUUCGACUUUGAGAUUGAGGUCCCCGCCGACCAGGUGGCCCUCAGCAACAUGCCCGUCCGGGCGUCCAGGCCGACCAGGGACGGGUGGCGGCUGGUCUCGUUCGAGACGUCCCCCGUCAUGAGCACCUACCUGCUCGCCUGGGCCGUCGGCGACUUCGAGUACGUCGAGCGGCUGACGGAGCGCCGCUACGACGGCGGCCGGCAGCUCCCCGUGCGCGUCUACACGACGCGCGGGCUCAAGGAGCAGGGCCGGUGGGCCCUGGAGCACGCGCCCAAGUUCAUCGACUUCUUCUCCGACAUCUUCGGCAUCGACUACCCGCUGCCCAAGGCGGACCUGCUGGCCGUGCACGAGUUCACGCACGGGGCCAUGGAGAACUGGGGCCUGGUCACGUACCGCACCACGCAGGUGCUCUUUGACGACGAGACGUCCGACGCGCGCUUCAGGAACGCCGUCGCCUACGUCGUCGCCCACGAGCUGGCGCACCAGUGGUUCGGCAACCUCGUCACCAUGGACUGGUGGGACGAGCUGUGGCUCAACGAGGGCUUCGCCACCUGGGUCGGCUGGCACGCCGUCGACCACCUGCACCCGGACUGGCAGGUCUGGGCGCAGUUCGCCAACGAGGGCAUGGAGGCCGCCUUCCGCCUCGACGGCAUCCGCGCCAGCCACCCCAUCCACGUGCCCGUGCGCGACGCCCUCGACGUCAACCAGAUCUUCGACUCCAUCAGCUACCUCAAGGGCUGCUCCGCCAUCCGCAUGCUGGCCAGCCACCUCGGCGUCGACACCUUCCUCCGCGGCGUCUCCAGCUACCUCAAGGCCCACGCCUACGGCAACGCCAAGACCGACGCCCUGUGGGCCGCCCUCGCCGAGGCUUCCGGCAGGGACGUCGCCGCCCUCAUGGGCCCCUGGAUCGCCAAGGUCGGCCACCCCGUCGUCACCGUGACCGAGGACGGCCCCGGCCGCAUCUCCGUCCGCCAGUCGCGCUUCCUGUCCACCGGCGACGUCGAGCCCGCCGACGACACCACCCUCUGGUGGGUCCCGCUCGGCCUCGAGGGCCAAAGGGGCGGCGGCGGCGGCGGCGGCGGCGUCGCGUCCCUGGAGCGCAGGGAGCAGACGAUCCGCGACGUCGACGACGGCUUCUACAAGCUCAACAGCGGCGCCACCGGCUUCUACCGCGUCAACUACCCGCCCGCCCGCCUGGCCAAGCUCAGCACCCAGCUGGGCAGGCUGACCGCCGAGGACAAGAUCUCCAUUGUCGGCUCCACGGCCGACCUGGCCUUUGCCGGGGACAGCACCACGGCCGCCCUGCUCACCUUUCUGCAGGGCUUCGGCAAGGAGGAGACGCACCCCCUGGUGUGGAACCAGGUGCUCGACUCGGUCGCCUCUGUCAGGUCCGUCUUUGCCGAGGACGACGACAUCAGCAAGGGCCUGGACAGGUUUGUGCUGCAGCUCAUCCGUGACAAGGUCGGCGAGGUGGGCUGGGAAGCGGCCGACAACGAGGGCUACCUGGACACGAUGCUGCGCAAGGCCGUCAUCGCCGCCGCCGUGGCUGCCGGGCACGCCGAAGUCACCGACGAGGCCGUCGCCCGCUUCAACGCCUGGGCCCGCGACCCCCGCGCCAGCCCCCUCCCCCCCUCGCUCCGCCUGCCCAUCUGGCGCGCCGCCGUCAGAGCCGACACGGCCCGCGCCGUCGCCAUCCUCAAGAAGGAGUGGUUCACCACCACCUCGGUCGACGGCAAGCUCCUCUGCCUCGGCGCCCUCGCCGCCGCCGAGCGCGAGCCCGCCCUCGCCGCCGUCGUCGCCUUCAACUUCAACGCCGCGCCGCCCAGCGACGCCGUCGGCCCCGCCGACAUGCACGUCCUCGGCGCGGGGCUGGCCGCCACCCCGGCCGGCCGCCGCGCCCAGUGGGCCUUCCUCAAGAGCCGCUGGGACGCGUGCGUGGCCAAGCUGGGCAACCCGAUCGUGGUGGACCGCUUCGUGCGCGUCAGCCUGGGCGGCUUCACCACCCGCGCCGAGCUGGACGACGUCGAGGGCUUCUUCCGCGGCCGGGACACCAAGAGCUUCGACCGCACGCUCGAGACGGUCAAGGACAGGAUCCGCGCGAGGGCGGCCUACAGGCAGCGGGACGAGGGGGCGCUGAGGCAGUGGCUGGUGGAGAACAAGUUCCUGUAG